AUGUCGAACUCCGUCUCCCAACAAAUGCAUGUCGAAACUGACAUCAUCACCUUGACUCGGUUUAUCUUGGAAGAACAGCAAAAAUUCGCUCCCACUGCCACUGGUGAAUUGUCGCUUUUGUUAAACUCGCUCCAGUUCGCUUUCAAGUUCAUUGCCCACAACAUUAGAAGAGCCGAAUUGGUUAACCUCAUUGGAAUCUCCGGUACUGCCAACUCCACUGGAGAUGUCCAGAAGAAGUUGGACGUGAUUGGUGAUGAGAUCUUUAUCAAUGCCAUGAAGUCCAGUGGAAAUGUCAAGGUUCUUGUGUCCGAAGAGCAGGAGGACCUCAUUGUGUUUGAAGGUGGAGGCCGUUACGCUGUGUGCACGGACCCAAUUGAUGGUUCGUCCAACAUCGAUGCUGGUGUGUCUGUGGGAACCAUUUUCGGUGUUUACCGCUUGAAAGACGACCUGACCGGAUCAAUCCGUGAUGUUUUGAGAAAAGGUACCGAGAUGGUGGCUGCCGGUUACACCAUGUACGGAGCUUCUGCCCAUCUCAUGUUGACUACCGGUAGAGGUGUGCACGGAUUCACUUUGGACACACAAUUGGGAGAGUUCAUUUUGACCCUGCCCGAUUUGAAGAUCCCUCACUCGCGUGCAAUCUACUCGGUCAAUGAAGGUAACUCUUAUUACUGGUCCGAGAACAUCAAGAAGUACAUUGAGGAUUUGAAGAAGCCUCAAGACUCAUUGAAGGGUAAGCCUUACUCGGCUCGUUACAUUGGAUCCAUGGUGGCUGAUAUCCACAGAACGUUGUUGUACGGAGGAAUUUUUGCUUACCCUUCAGACUCAAAGCUGAAGAACGGAAAGUUGAGAAUUUUGUAUGAGUGUUUCCCAAUGGCCAUGUUGAUGGAGCAGGCUGGAGGUUCUGCCGUCAACGACAAGGGAGAACGUAUUUUGGAUAUUUUGCCAAAGGGCAUCCACGACAAGUCUGGUAUUUGGUUGGGCUCCAAGGGUGAGAUUGAGCGUUUUAUCUCUUACCUUUAG